AUGCCGGACGAGGCGGCUCAGCAAAAGGCUGAGCACCAACAACGCCUCUCUCACGCGAUGGGCGUCAUGUUCCUUCAAGACAAGGUCGACAAACUCGAGCAAGAUGUCCGCAAGAUCACAUAUACAAGAGGAAUGCAUAACACUCGAAGCGCCCCGACACCCGACCUUUUCUCAUCACAACCGCGUCACGAUGUGGCGGCCCAAUUGCGUGCCCAACCACGAGCUGUCACAGGUCCCGGAUUAUCUUCUCACACACGCGCAGCAACAGGCGACAUUGCUCGCGUCAGCACCCAGACGACUACAUCCAUCCGUCUCGUCGAUGCAAGCGUACUCAUUUUUUCGCUCCGCAGCGUGCACAAUUGGAGUCGUGACCAGUCGACCUGUGUCGUCAUUCCGCUCGAGGCCAUCAACACGCUCGACCUGCUCAAGAAGGGCGACGAGCCCAUCAACCUUGCAGCCAGAAAAGCAACGCGUUGGCUCGAAGACAAGAUUGCUGUCUCCACGCAAGACGGUGACCUCAUGCUUACCGAACCUGAGCCUGGCAUCUUUGCUCAAAAAGAGCACUUCCGCGCUGCUGGAUCUCAGAUUGCAAGAGCGCGCCAAGACAGGAUCCAUCACGACCAUCCAGAUCCUACACGCGUCGCCGGAGUUGGCGAGAUGGAAAACAAUCCCGAACCGGCUCAGGUGAAGGAUGUUUUCAGUGCAUCCGAGGCGCCUCGCUACCUGCGCGAGCUAAUUAGUGUAUGUCUUUACUGCCAUCAAACUGCCGCUUCCACCUCGAGCUUUGCCGUCGCCAUCGCCUAUCCGCCAGAUCACCUGCACGAAAAGAUGAUCGAAGCACAGCCGGUCACCAGCGACAAGAUCAACUAUCUCCAUCGUACCGAUGGUCGCGCGACCGAGGCUUGGCUUGACGCCUACCGUAUUCCCUUUGAAGUGGUCGCUACAUCCAAGACAUGGACGGGCGAGAAGCUUUCGUCUCGCUUCCGGACUGAGGUUGGCGGCGGCGAUUACCACAGCGUAGGACCUUCCAACGAUCUGCUCGGACCUGGACACGGCUACAAGUCACAGCCGAGGAGAAAAGGCUCGCCGACACCAUCUGUCUCUUCGUCCACAAGCUCGUUCAAAUCCGAGUUGAGCGGCUUGUCAUUGAUCAGCUCUCACCGCAGCCCACGCCAUAGACAAGAAUCGCGCUUCGGAUCCACGUCAGCGGCACACAAGAGGUCGUCGGUCAGAUGCAUGUCCACCACGUCGAUCAACCCAGCUGCAGAAGCCAGCACGGCCUCGUCUGGGUGCGAAGAUGCCGAAGCGCGUCAAGACUCGGACAACGAAGGCCCGAUCAUCGCACGUCCUUCUUCCGCGGCCUCUUCGCACGCGUCGUUUGUCUCGUCACUCACCGCUUCGACGCAGGACGACGCGGGCAGCCAGACUUCGGCCUCGUACUCAUCGCACGGCGGUACACGCAUCGUUCGUCAUGGCGCGUCGCCUUCACCUACGCCGACGUCGUCUACGACGGAUCUAGCGAGUACGUGUAGCGAAGGUUCCGCGUUCGCUUCACCCAGGUUGACCAGUCGGACGCUGCACAAGACAAAGUCUGGAGCGGAAAAGAUGGAGGAGUAUCUACGCAGCUUGGACGCAGGCGCGAGCGGCGGAGCACCGGAUAAACGCACCGCAACAGCUACACCGACGCCGGGCGCUCAUAGACAUGGCUGA